GUGCUUUCAUGUGGCAGUGAGGAACGAUCAGGCUGCAGUGGAGCGGUGAUACUGUUGUACUGACCAGCUGACAGACCGGAUCUGGUGAACGGGCGAUGCUGCGCUUUUCUCUGUACCUGGACUUUAUUCUGAGCUUUUUUAUCGUACAGGACUAUAUUUUAGAUCGAUGAAGGACAGUAGUUCCAGCUCGGGAUCGGGGAUGGCCGGCAGUCAGAGUGUAAAGUGUAAGAUUGUGGUGAUCGGAGACAGUCAAUGUGGUAAAACCGCGUUACUCCAUGUCUUCGCCAAAGACUGCUUUCCUGAGAACUAUGUGCCAACGGUGUUUGAGAACUACACAGCCAGCUUUGAAAUUGAUGCUCAAAGGAUCGAGCUCAGUUUGUGGGACACCUCAGGAUCUCCGUAUUAUGACAACGUGCGACCGCUCUCUUACCCUGACUCGGACGCAGUGCUCAUCUGUUUUGACAUCAGCCGACCAGAGACGCUGGACAGUGUUCUAAAGAAGUGGAAAGGAGAGAUCAAAGAAUUUUGCCCUAAUACGAAGACGCUCUUAGUGGGAUGCAAGUCAGACCUGCGCACAGACCUCAGCACCCUGGUGGAGCUUUCAAAUCACAGGCAAACCCCAGUAUCAUAUGAUCAGGGCUCCAACAUGGCAAAGCAGAUCUCAGCUCCAUACAUCGAGUGUUCGGCUCAGCAGUCGGAGAACAGCGUACGGGACAUUUUUCACGUUGCCACGUUGGCCUGCGUUAACAAAAACAGCAAGAACGUAAAACGAAACAAGUCAUCCAGAGCCACAAAGAGGACCUCACACAUGCCCAGCAGACCCUAUCUGGAGUCGGUAACCUCGGACAUGCGGAAAGAUAAAGCUAAGAGCUGCACGGUCAUGUGAGGAAACAAGAGACCAUGUGGUUUACAGUUCUUCUGGACGUGAGGGUGAGGAGGUGGCACAGCAACCAACAGCAUCAACUGCCUUCAUUCUGCGUCCCUCGCCUGUACAUGAUGAUGAUCUGGCAUUUUAGGUUCCUUUGCUCUGGUCUAUUCUGCCACACCCGAAUUAAGCGAAGCUAAGAACGUCAGUGCAGCAGAAGGUAUCAUUCAGAUGUUGGGAAGAGUUUUGACGCCCUGAAUAAUAAUAAUACAAAAGGACAUGAAUGCUGGAAUGAAGUUGUGAAUAGAUUCCUCAGAAAAAAGAAGAAAGCAUGGUGGCACUAGCCAGUCUUCUUUUUCUUAGCUCAUGAAAAGGAAAUGAUAUUUGAAGGACAUAUCAAGGAACUUCUCAGUCAUGUUUUUUGGGUUAAAAGUGUUAAUAAAAUAGUUUAAAGGAAAGUGAAGCUUGUGCAGUUGAUCUGCUGAUGUGGAAUUUCUUCAAACCUGAAGGCACUUGAUGACGCCUGACACAAACACUGUGGAUAAACCUGGUUCUCUUUGUUUUUUAUCAUCUUUGUGUUGAUUUUUUUUAGACAGGGACUGGGUGGGUCUGUUUGGAUACCUAUAAGUAGACCUGUCACUGUUGUAAUAAAAUCUACCAACAAUGAAUAGAAUAGAACACUUUUAUUUGUCAUAUAUAAAGAUACAGGUGUACAGUACAACAAAAUUAUUUUUGUGUAUCCCAGCUCAUUUGAAAGCUGGGUUCAAUGUGCAGUGUCCAGCAUUGUAUGGCACCCCUCAAGCCAAGAGGGUUAAUGAUCUUGCUCAAGGACCCAACAGUGGCUAAGAUCCAAACUCUCAGCCUUUCGAUUGAUAGCCCAAAGCUCUACCCACUAGGCUACCACUGUCCCAUAGAUCAUCAUUUGCAAUGAGCAUUUCUAAUUUCCAUGACUGAUAUAGCCAUUAGUCAUGGUGAACAGUUGAACGACUGUUUAAAAUAAAAACUACUU